UUCUGAAGAUGUGAGGGAAAAAAGGAAAUCAAGAGUCAGAGUAACUUCAUACGUCACACGUGAUCACCACAGCAACUAAUUGUCGCCUUUAAGUAGGGGACUUUACCUGCGCUCUCGUGGAACUUGGGGAAGGGUGCGCUCCAUGUUUCAUCUAGGACACACCGGUACCGACGGUGCCGGCGGGACGUUGAAAUAAUAAUAAAAAUACACUUAUAAUAACAAAAAGAGGGGGAAAAAAAUCAAAAUUUUAGGGGGGGACUUGAGGCGGGCAGCUUCGCGCUGUGGACCGAGUGAUGCCGGACACGUUGAUGCUGCUGAAGAACCGGACAGAGCCACGGCUGGGGCAGCUGGAGCGCAGCCUGCCCGCCGAGGGGACCGCUCGCCCUGCCUGGGUCAUUGCUAUCCUGGCCAGUGUCUUGAUCUUCACCACGGUGGUUGAUGUGCUAGGAAACCUGCUGGUCAUCAUCUCGGUGUUCAGGAACCGCAAGCUGAGAAACGCAGGUAAUGUGUUCGUGGUUAGUCUGGCAUUUGCUGACCUUGUGGUAGCCUUCUACCCCUAUCCCCUGGUCCUUUAUGCUCUCUUCCAUGACGGCUGGGCGCUUGGAAACACUCAGUGCAUGGUCAGCGGUUUCCUUAUGGGGCUGAGUGUCAUUGGCUCCAUCUUCAACAUCACUGGGAUUGCAGUGAACAGAUACUGCUAUAUCUGUCACUCCUUCUCCUACAGCCGACUGUACAGCUAUCGCAACACGUUGCUGUUUGUUGCCUUAAUUUGGGUGCUCACUAUCGUGGCCAUCGUCCCUAAUUUCUUUGUUGGUUCUCUGCGCUAUGACCCCCGGGUCUACUCCUGCACCUUUGCCCAGAAUGUCAGCAGUUCCUACACGGUGGCGGUGGUAGUGGUUCACUUUCUGGUUCCCAUUGCAGUAGUUACCUUUUGCUAUCUUCGCAUUUGGAUUCUUGUGAUUCAGGUGCGACGCAAAGUAAAGACUGAUGACAGCCCUCGUCUCAGACCAAGUGACAUGCGGAAUUUUAUCACCAUGUUUGUUGUAUUUGUCCUGUUUGCAAUCUGCUGGGCCCCACUCAACUUGAUAGGAUUGGCAGUGGCUAUAGAUCCAACUCGCGUGGGUCCCCACAUCCCCGAGUGGCUUUUUGUUGUAAGCUACUUCAUGGCCUACUUCAACAGCUGCCUGAAUGCCAUCAUCUAUGGUUUACUCAACAGGAAUUUCAGGAACGAGUACAAACGCAUCGUCACCUCUGUCUGGGUGACGCGGCUGUUUGUGACGGAGACGUCGAGGGCUGCCACGGACGGCAGGAGCAUGAGGAGCAAGCAAUCGCCCCCGCCGCUCAACAAUAAUGAGUCAGUCAGAGACCGUGCAAACAAAGAAUGAACCUUGGAUAUUUGAGGGUUUCAUGUGGUAAUUCCUGUUUUUAUGUGAUAUCAAGGCAGUUGUGCAGCUAAAGAGUAACAAGAAACUAAUGAAACUGGAAACUGUGGCUUUGGUUCCUAAUUCACAGCAGAGAUUUGAACACUUAAAGAAUACACAAAGCUUAUGAAAGUCUCUGAAGUGCUUUUAGAAUUAGCUCAUCUUUUAAAUUGAUGACGUGUGCUCUGUCGGAGUCAUUCACAUCCACAAAGCAAAAAGCCCAGCAUUGCAGUUUCAUUAUGUAAUUAUUACUCUUGACAGACUGAUUGGUACUAUACGAUUACAAUGAAAAUGUGAGAUCCUUUAACUUCUGCUGCUGUAGACGUGUUUCACAAAACUGGGUAAGCACCACUAGUAAACACAUUUUUUAGUAACUUCAAACGCCUCAAAUAAUUAAACUCGCCUCACCUGGAAGCUUUAGAAGGAGCUUUUCAUAACAGAGAUAGGAGAAUGACAGAUAGUAAAGUCUGUCAUUUUAUUAUCAGAGUUUUACAUGUUAUGUGGUUAGAUUUACUCUAUCAACAUAAAUGCUGCAGUAGCAUACCUUAUACUGCCUAGUUUGAUCGUUUUUGCACUAAAAUAACAGGAAAAAGAACUUAGUAAAAAACAACUUAGUAAAUGAAUUCAGGAUAUUAAUUAAGGUUUGUUUGACAAGUUAAAUCUAUCAUCAAGUCGCCUCAUAGGAGUUUUUAAUUAAUUUCAUUUUUUCUAUCUUCUGCAUGUGAUGUGGAAUGUGGAGGAAACCUUACUCUUGUUGCUGUUCCAGCCUACAAACCCACAGUUUUCAGCUACUGUAAUCUGAUCUAUAGCCUUAGCAGAAAACUAUAUACAGUGAGAGGCAUAAUUUUGUAAAACAUAAUUUAUAUCAUAAUUUGGUUAAUUAACAUAAGCAUGUUAUUUUAUUGUAUUUUUUAUUAACUUAUUAGUUUAUAAAAUUAAGUAACACACUGCCUGGCCACCAAAAAAAAAAAAAAAGGUCACACACUAUAAUAUUUUGUUGGACCGACUUUAGCUUUGAUAACAGCAAUGAGCUUCUGAACUAUCACAAGCUGUAUUUCCAUCCAGUGUUGUAUUAAUUUUUCACCAAGAGCUUGCACUCAUGAUGGCUGAGUCCGACGGCUGCACAAAGCCUUCUCCAGCACAUCCCAAAGAUUCUUAAAGGCGUUAGGGUCUGAAGUCUGGUGGCAAAUCCAUGUGUGAAAAUUUCUCAUGUUCCCUGAGUUCUACUGUUGUUUUUCUGCAAUUUGAUUUCACCAAACGCCGAUCCUAAUCAUUCUGAAUUUUUUCCCGGCCACAUUUCUUCCUCACAGACAAUGGGUCCCCACUAUCAUUCCAAUGAACUCUUAACCAAAUUUUAGUAGUUUCUGAAAUCUCGUUGGCUGUUUUCUCUGCUUGAUGCAUGCCAAUGAUUUGAAUCUUCUCAAACAGACUGACAUCUUUUCCACAACCACGGGAUGUGUUUGUCCAAAUGGUUGGUUAAGAAAUGAGAAGCAACUGAUUGCACCGGUUCGAGUUAAAUAACUUGUCAGCUGAAACAUGAUCGCCCAUGCUGAAAUUAUUCAAGAGGAGGCUUGUACCUAUUUGGUUACUUAAAUCCAGGUGGCAACUUUUUUUUUUGGCCAGACAGAGUAGUAUACCUGUUCAAAGAAGUUAAUUAGCUAGCAAUCAGGUUAAAGUAACAUUUAAAUACCUACAAAUAAAGCAGAAUUCUAUUGCUAAAAAGACUGCUAAAUGAAGUAAAUGAUUACAUCUAAGGUUAUCAUGCAUGGGCAGGUUAGUGAACUUUGCGACACUAUUGGUUCUUAUGAAGGCAGUUGAUAGUCUUCUUGGCUUCUUCUCUAUCUUUCUCAUUAUUUUUAUCCAUUCCUGGGAAGUAGGGCAGAGAUUAAACAGUUUUUUUUUCCAAAGUGGAUUGUGAGUGAAUUAUAAGCUUUAAUAAUUUAGACAGCAAGCAUGUAAAAUACAAGCUAUAUUGCGCUCAGUUACUCUAGCUUGUCUGAAUAUUUCCAUUUGACAAUGACUCAUUUUUGGAGAAACAUUUAUGAUAAUUGCUUUUAUUAAUCAAUAUCAAAACAAUGUUUAACAGCAACACAAAACCAGUGUGCUCUGCAAUGAUUAGCAAUUCUUGAUCAUUGUUUUAGAGCUCUGCUUUUCUAACAUCCUUACUAUCUUAUUGGAAAUAGCCAGCUGAAUAUAGGUGAACUUUGGUUGUUUUCAGGUUGGCUGUAACUUUUAAGGAAUGCUCAAUUAGGAGUAAAGGUCCCAAGAAAAUAUCAACAAAUCCUUUCACCAUCGUCAGGUACCUGACCAUCGAUACAGGUCAGGAUGGAUCAAUGCUUUCCUGUUGUUUAUGCCACAUUGUGACAUAAACAACACAAUAUCCGAAUGUUAAGACUAAAAUAGAGACUCAACAAAACAUUAAAUUGUCUUACAAUAUGUUAAUUUUAAAGGGUAGUGCAUCUGCUUAGGCUGUUGUCUCAGUUUCCAAUUCUUAACUGACAGUGGCAUCUGGUAGGGCCUUCUGCUGUUGUGGCCCAUCAAUUUCAAGCUUCAGCGUAUUCAAGCCAGUGUGCCACUUAUCUUAUUCCUUCUAUCAUCCACACAACACUUACUGAAUGCUUUAUCUUUUUUAAAUCAUUUUGUUUGAGCUUUAGGGAUGGUUGUGUGUGAAAAUCGCAAUAAAUCAAAAGUCUUUUAAAUAGUUAAAACAGUCUGUCAAGCAUGGCACAUUUCAGAUCACUUACACCCCUUCCGUCCUGAAUGUAAAGCUCAGUUUAAAAUUCAGCAAGCUGCCCAAACCAUGUUUAGAUUCCUAAAUGCAUUGAGUUGAUGCCAUGUGAUUGGCUAAUUCUCUAUCUCUGUUAACAAGCAAUUUAUUAAACAAGUGUAUCUGAUAAAUUGACUGUCUCAGCUUUAACUUUCAGUCCUAACUGCUUCUCUUAGUAACACUUGCAGAAGAUUCCAUGUUGGAUGGAUGAAAGCCACUGGCAGGGACAAGACCUUAUUUUCCUCCAGUUUGCCAAUGCGUAACUCCUGCUCAGCAUAUUUUACAGUACACCGUAAUUAUAGUUUUAACAAAUCUGAGUUUAUUUAAAGUAACAAAUACUAAUUUUACUGCCUCCAUAUUUAUAAAUAAGUUAAAAAACAUUCCUAAACAGGAAAACGCUGCAGUCAUUUUUGGCAUUUUGUAUUUGGAAAGUCAAACAGUAGGACAGAGACUUCUCAUUAAAGAGCUCUGUGCACUGAUGUCAAUCACCAACUAAAUCUAAAUGCAAUAACUAUCUUUCAAUUUCACCAAAAAGCCCAGUGCAGCUGCAUGGGCAUGAUUCUUUAUGCACACCAACACAUCACUAUGCAACUCAAAUGUAGUGUUUGUCACAGUUCAAGGGAUUCACAGCGGUCGGUGUGAACUGAUAACAGAGUCCAUCAGCUUAGGACAGCUGUAUUUCCAGAUGUCACAGCAAAUCACAGAUUUAUCAUGAAAAAGAUAUGAAUGAUGUUGCUGGUUUCCAGUCUGUGUCAUAUGAAAAAGAGGUCAAGAUUUGUCCUGGUCUACUAAGUUAGUAUAUAUUCCGUACCAAAACAAUCAACCGUCCUUAGCAACAUCUAUAUUGGUUUCAUACAGUAUAUUGGUUUCCUCUGCAUUCUACAUAAUAUGCUGCACAAUAUGUAAAAGUCUCUUGCAGUUUGAGUUCUUACUCUUAAGUCUAAUACUUAUAUGCAAAACAUUAGGCUUUCGUUUUUAAGAUCUUUUUUCUUUUCUUUUUUUUAACAAACAAAACCAAACUAUAUUACCAGGGAUGUAAUAUUUCAAUCCUUUCACUGUGGAUUUAACACAAAGAAAUAUGAUCAGCUGUUUAAGGAAAAGUGUAAGGAGUUGGUCUCUUUGUACUAUUAAAUUUGACUAACUGAUAUUUAUCACUUCUUUAUCAAAGAGUGAUUCAAACAACUUGGAUUGUGGAGAACAUACAGCUCAUAUCUGUAUUCCCAUCUCAGGGUGCCUAUUGAAUAUUUUGUUGUUUUACACACUUGUCCAAACAUUCGCAGUUGAUCAGCUGCAGUAUAAGGGAGUCUGAAGACAUUUAAAAGGAAUAUUUUGUAAAUUAGUGUCAGUGUGGUUUUUAACUGUUGUAUAUUGUUAUCGGAGAUGUAUUUAAAAUGUGCUUUUAAAAAAAAUAUAUAUAUGUAUAUAUAUCUAUAUAUAGAUAUAAAUAUCUAUAUAUAGAUAUAUAUAUAAGCUCAGUAAUCCCUACGCAGUUAAAUGUAUGUUCUUGAAUAUUACUUAACCUCUCCUCCCAUUAUUGCAUUGCAUUUGCUAAGUGCAUCUAAAACAUGUCUUGUACAUUGGGCCCAUUCAUCGCAUUUGUACAAUGUAAAUUGAUUUAUAUAGAAAAAAGAUAUCUCUUAAAAUGGAAAGUUUGAAAAGUAAGGAAUGGCAAAGUAAGUGUGUAAAACAUGUUCUUGUGUUAUUUUACUUUAAUAUGUAAAUUGCUUUUGAGAACAUCUUACAUGCUCUUAAACAGGAUUUAAAAAAGUGCAGGCCAUAGGUCAGAAUGUUACUUUGAUAUAUGCAGAGCCAGUGUUGUAGUACUAGACCAUUUUUUGAUAGUCUCAGUCUUGUCUCGGACUCGGCCACAUUUGGUCUCGGUCUCGGGCGCUGAAGACUUGGGAUUUUAUUUCAAGACCGCAAUUGUGAAAAUAUCACUAAACUUACAGCAUGCUGUCCAAUUUAUUUGUGAACAUAUUUUUUUUUCAAUGGAUGCAAAACGCACCGAUUAAAAUCCAAGCAGUAAAGUGACUUACCAAUUAUGUCAUUUUCUGACAUAAAUGAUAUGGGCAAAUGUCCAGACCAUUAUCUUUUUUAAUAUUGGUUAAAUUUAUUUCAGCUUUAAGUAUUUAAUAUCUAGGAGUUUUUAUGGUAAUGUGAAUCUUUCAGAUCAAUUUGAUUAGCAAUUUUGAUCAUAUUUCACAUUUUAUUGUGUCAUGUAGCGCUGGGCGCUAGUCUUGGUCUUGACUUGGUCUCGGACACUAAAGGUCUUGGCCUGGUCUUGGUCUCUGGUUAGGCGGUCUUGACUACAACACUGCUCACAGCAUUAGUGAAGCAGAAAAGAUGUGAAGCAAUUGUAGUUUGGAUAAAAACAGUGACUUUUGUGAUACACAAAUGACUAAAAACAAUCUGUUGGAAAAUAAUUGCUUUGUUGAAAAGUCGGGAGUAGAUCAACAUCAGCAGUUACGUCAGAGGUAAGAGAAAAUCAUUGAAAAAGUGAUGUCGCUACUUUACAAUGACACAUUAAAGCAGCUACAGAAUGUUUUAGAUGCACUUUGAGGGAGCUAAGAGAUCAAUCUAAACCAAAGAAAUGUGUAUAGAUAAUGGAGAUAAGAUGUACAUACUCUACGUCAUGACGUUAUGGGGAGAAAUCUGAAAAAAAAAAAUACACAUUUCCCCCCUAAUGUCUGUUUUAUUUGUUGUUUUGGGGUUUUUUUUUAAGAAUACUGCCUUACAAUUGAUAAAAUUGUGCCAUAGUUCCUUGUAUGUACCAAUUUAGCAAGCCUGGUUUGCCUCCAUCCUGCUUUUUUGUGACACCCUCAAGACCGUUGUCUAUUAAAUGUUUUUUCUCUCUGCAGUUUCGUGCAGACACUUAUUUGCUGAGCUUACAGGUAUGAGAUGCAAUUAAUGAACCAGAGGAAAAACUAUUACCUUUUUUCUCUUCUGUUUUUUCUAUCUCUGCCCUUUGAUAGAAUGAUGCAUUUGUAUUUAUGUUCCUUUAAAGUGCGUUCUAUGUCAGCACGCUUACUUUACUGGAUUAAUGUAUGUCAUCUCAACAAAUGGUUUGCCAGCUCCAAUGUUCUGUUUGGCCAGUUGUCACUGAGAUGCUGUAUCUCACCACAUGUAGUAAAGCACAAGCUUUUCUCAGCGUUUGUUUAAAAUACAUUUUCUCUGUUGCAAGUUCAAAUAGAUGAUUACAUUCCAAAAAGUUAAAUAAUGCAUCUUUUGUUGAUACAGUGCCUUGUAAGUGUAUCCGUACCAUUUUACUUUUUCCACAUCAUGUCACAUUACAACCUUAAACUUCAAUGUAUUUUUUGUGGGAAAAUUUUCAUUGUUCAAAUAGAAACAAUAUAAGUCCCAUUUGCAGUUUGGCAUAAGCCACAAAGGGACACUGGUCAGAAGAAACCUGGCCUCUAGACCAGUGGUCUUAAACUGCAUUCCUCGAGGACCAGAAUCCUGCAACUUUUAGAUGUGUCCCUUGGCCUGCACACUUUAAUUAAAUGAUGAAACUGCCUUCUUAGCAUGCAGUCAAGCUCUACAGAGCUCUACUAAUGGACUUAUAUUGGAGUCAGGUGUGCUGAAGCAGAGAGGCAUCUAAAAGUUGCAGGAUAACAACCCUUGAGAAAUGCAAUACGAGUCCACUGUUCUAAACCUACAUGCAAAAUGAAAUGUGUGGUGGAAAAUUAACACUGCACUUCUCCCUGAACAACACUAUGCCCAUUAGAAAGCAUGAUUGGCAGCAUAAUGCUAUUUUCUUUUCUUCACCAGGUACAGGGAAGCUGAUCAGUUUAUUGGAGGAUGGAUGGAGCUAAGUAUAUGGCAGUGCUGAAAUACAACUUGUUAGAGACUGAGAAGGACUUGAGAUUGGUGCAGAGUUUCACCUUUCAAUAGGACCAUAACUCUAAAACAGUUUCAAUUAAAUGGUUUGAAUCAAAUACUCAAAUGCAAGAAUGACCCAGUCAAAGUCCACACAUCAAUGUAUUGCAAAAGCUGUCCAAAGACUUGAAAAUUGAUGCACACAUGUACUUUCUAUCAAAUCUAAGUGAGCUUAAAAGAUUUUGCAAAUAUCUACGGACAACACCCUUUAAACUUCUGGAUGUACAAAGACAGUAGACACUAACCCCAAAAGUCUUGCAUAUAUAAUUACAGUAAAUGGCUAUUUUCCAAAGUAUUGAGGGGAAUAAAAUACGCAAGCCACAAUUUUCAGAUUUUUGUUUCUAAGACGUAUUUUUCUUCCACGUCACAAUUAGGUGAUACUUUGAGUUGAUCUGCCACUUAUAAUCUCAAUGAAAUAUAUGAAAAUUUGUGGUUUUAAUGUGACAAAAUGUAAAAUAGCAUAAUGCUACGUAUACUUUCACAAGAUACUGCAUGACAAGUCUUGGAAUUGAGCUGGUUGCACUAUAAGUACAAUACUUGGUCCCAGUUUCAUAAAAAAGAAUUACCCCCUUGUAUUUAAUUAGAGAUCUAUAUUUUGGUUAAAGCCAGUGAAAUGGUGCUGCAAAAUGUUGUGUUUGGUAACAACUGAUAUGUUUGCACUGUAACUGUCACAAAAUUUAAGCAUUUGACUUGCUGAUUAAAGUGUCAAACUUAGUUUAGUUUUUGUAUUAAGUGAACUGAAAAAGCUAUUUUUAAUUUACUUAGGAAGGCUGUAAAUGCUUCUCUGCCUCCACGAAGAAGAUUAACGGCAAUUCUUCAGUAUGCAACUACUUCGUUUGAAUGGCGUACUUUGUGAGGUCAUACACGCCUUGAAUGCCUACUAAAUUCUGUAUUUAAUUACAGGUGAGGCAAGCUUUUUCUAGAUGCUGCAUGCAGUACAAAUACAUUGUUUUGUUCUCCUAAAAGGAUUGGACUUUUUUACCUAUACCACUUAACAGAAUCAACAGAUAUUCUAACUGAAGUAAUCAGAAUUUCAGAUAACCACGACAUAGCAAGAUCCCAUACAGUCAGAGUGCUUUGCAAAGUAUUAAAACUCUCAAUCUUUCUCACAUUUUUUCCAAGUUAAAACUACAAAUUUCAGUGUACCUUACUCUGUCUUUUAUCAUUGUUGAAGUUUAAGGAAAAUUAUAUAUUAUUUUCACAAAUAAAACAAGGCUAAGCGACAGGCUUGCAUUUGUAUACAUGUUCUAUUUAGUAGAGCCACCAUUUCACUGCAGUUAGAUCUGCAAGUCUUUUAGGAUGUGUCUCUAACAGCUUGACACAUUUGGGGCUAAGCUUUUUGCCUAUUCAUCUUUUUCAAAGUGGCUCAAACUACUCCAGUUUGAAGGCAGCCAUUUUCCAGAUUGGCCAUAGAUUAUCAUAAAUAUAAUCUAUUCCCAAUACUCAGAUUAAAUUACAUACAUUCAGGCAGUUUGCUGUGCUGGGUUUUAUUUAGGGCAUGAGAUUAAACACGAGGUUAACUCAAAUCUUUUCUAAUUAGGUGAGAAAACAACAUAUCCUUUUACCUUCACCUCAGAAUUAUGUACUAGUUUGUGUUGGUCUAUCAUAAAAUGAUCAAAAAGUAUACUGGAGUUUAAAAUAUAUUACUUUUGCAAGUCAUUGUAUGUACUAGGCACCAAGCCAGGUACUCUGUUUCAAAGAGGAGACAUUUCAGCACUGGAACCUCUGCGCUUUAUUGACUGCAUGGCAUGACAAAACUGAAUAUGUCACAUACCUGGCAAAUGAUUAACAUGUCAGUUGUGAACCAUUGCUUUUCGUGUCCUUUAUCUUAAUAAUGAAAGGACAUUGUUGCGUGUGUGCUUGAGAGAGACAGAGCGUGUUUGUGUGGGGGUGUCAUUAAAGGAUUAUUUAACAGCAUGACAACACCAGCUGACUAGGGAAAACAGCGGAGGGUGCAACACUGAUCAAAUUAUUUGCAACGUACCUUUGCAAAGAUGAAAAUAAAAUGAUAAGCCUUGGAAGCAUAAUUGAAUUCUCUGCCGUCAGAGGAGUGACAUGAAUAGCGAAGUGUUGAAACGCUCCAUACCUCCUGUAGUGUUUCCAAACAAGACACUAAUACAUGGUACACUCUUCAGGCCUGCAACCAUAUUAAUGAAAGCUAGACUCAAACAUCGGCAAAGCACAAGCUCUUCUCUGCUGAUGAAUAUUAAGACUCACUGGCCCCCUAAUUGUCUGCAGCACAUUGCACACAGGUAGCAUUUUUUCCUGAAAACUUCUAGGCAUGCACUGCUUGAAAUGUUUGCCAAGAUGUCUUGUUCAUACCGACCUGAUGCUGUUAUGAAACAUCCAUCCAAAAGAUGUGGUAUCUUUAAGCCCAGUAUGUAAUUAAUUAAAUAUGGCAACCUGACCUUUAUGUCAUAAAAGGCUUUUAGGAGUAAUGAAUUUACAAAAUGUCUUUUUACAACCAAAAUAAAGAAAGUUGAAAUGUUGGAAACUGUUGACUGAAUUUGCAUUUUCAGCAUUUAGUCACCUGACUUUCUGUGUCAUGAUGCAUUUCUUUUGUUUCAGAGGCUGUGUGAAUGCUCAUGCUUGCUUGGUGUUAUUUGCGGCCGUUGGCCGCCGACAAGAAUUCUCUAACAAGGCCAGGAUGAUGCCCGGAGGAGGGUCUGAGUAACCAAAGGGAAAACACUGGAAUGUAAUGGAAUUUAAAAUUUCAACACUUGAGAGUCAGUGGUCAGAAUGACUCUCAUUAAAUGAACUAUGUGUGUGUGAGAGAGAGAGAGUGUAAAAAUAUACAUUGUAUGUACAGUUUUCCUGAAAAACAGUGUUAUGAAAAAAUAAAAUUGGUACAUCAUA